AUGAAGUUCACCAUCUUUGCCCUUUCGGCUGUCCUGGCCCUCGCCAUUGCAGACACCACUACCACUGCGGGCUCCUCGACCAUUACCACCACACCCGAAGUUGAGUGCGCAAAGCAAUGUGACGCGAGGGACACCUGCUGUACUGCCAAGUGCUACCAUGUUCCCUGCCCCAGCGACAACGAAGCCGACGACACAAAUAGCUGUGUCUCUGCCUGCCCCCAGGGCACUGGCUCUCCUGCUGACACCCAGAGGUACGCCGACUGCGAGCAGUCUUGCCUCAACUCCCAUUUCUGGGGGGGCAGUGGUGCAACGGCCACCCACCCAACAUCCACCUCAGGUGCCACUGCCACGCAGACGGGCUCCAGCUCGACAAGCACUGACUCCUCCGAGUCUUCGAGCGACUCCAACGGCUCCAGCAGCUCUGACUCUUCAGAUGGAACUGCCACCAGCUCGUCUGGCUUCACCCAGCAAACCACCAAUGCCGCCCCGCAUGUCACGCUCGGUGCUUCCGCUGCUGGCCUCUUUGGGCUGGUCGUUGCUGCCUUUGCUCUGUGA